AUGUUGGCUGAAUCGCUGGGACAUCUGUUCGGCCUUGAACAUGACACCCUAUCUUGUCAAUGUGAGCAGCGAUGCAUCAUGACCGAUAAACCAGGGAUGCCCGGGGCCGCGUUCUCUUGGCAGUUCUCCAAAUGUUCAAUUGCUCGAAUGCAUGGCGUUUGGCAAUCUGGACAUGUGCAAUGCUUGUUGAAUAAGCCGUUCCAACCUUCGCAACUUCGUGAAUGUGGUAAUGGCAUUGUGGACGGAUCCGAGGAAUGCGACUGCGGAAGUCGUGAGACGUGCACUGACCCCUGUUGCGAUCCGUUGACGUGUACUCUCCGAGCUCAUGCUCAAUGUGCGGCUCAUCACCAGUGUUGUCAUCGUUACGAAAGUCAGGAGAGGUAUGCAGGAAGUGCUCGUUCGCCGUGUGACGUGGCUGAGACUUGUGACGGAAAGUCUGGCGACUGUCCUCCGGAUGGUCAUCUCAUGGACGGAACGGCGUGUGGACGGGCUGGCCAGUGCUGGCGUGGUAACUGCAGUGAUCCGCAUCAGCAAUGUCAAGAGAUCUGGGGUGAAGGUGCUAGAGUUGCUGAACAGGAAUGCUUUAAACAGAACACUCGUGGACACGAGUACGCUAACUGUGGUACUAUUGACGGCACAGGUACCUACCGGUCCUGUCAACAAGAACAUAUCCGGUGCGGUACUCUACAGUGCCAGGAUGGAGCCACAACACCAUCUCAGUCUGCUCUGAGGGCAUUCACCUUCCAGUUUCAGCAGGAUGACAAACAAGUAAGUUAA